AUAAUAUUUUCCGUUUUAUAUACGUUAGCUUCUUAAUUUCGUGAUAAGCCUGGGUUCAAUUUUCUUUGGUUCCCCUGUCUUCCUCUGUUCUCUUUCCUGGUUUCUGCUUUAUUUUCUCGGAAAACGACAAUUUUCCGAGAAAAUAAAAAAAAAAAAAAGAGAAAAAUGUUGACUCCUCACUAGUUAUCUCUGCGGUAUUUGCUAUUAACUCAUCCGAACCUUCCAUUUCUUGCCUUCUCCUCUGCCAAAUUUGCAACUUUCCCGAGGAAUUCUCCAUGUGAACGCCAAGCCGAGCAAGAUUUCUCUCCGGGACCAGCUGAAUUCUUAGGAAUUCUUCACUUUACAAGUUCGGUUUCUCGCCGUGAUUUUCUCGGCAACUGCAGAUUCCGAUCAAUUUCUUGGGAAACUGAGAAUGGAAGGUCGCCGGAGAAUGACUCUUUAUGAUCAAAUGUCUGCCGUUGACGGCCGCCGAGACUCGCUUGCGGGCUCGACCCUCGAAGCCGUGAUGGCAAGCCACAAGAUAGCCUCCGAGUCGAGCCGCCGCCAGUUCAGCGGCAGCCGAACCCUCUCAGACAUCAUUCGAGGAGACAAUUCCAACACGAAGGACAAGAAAUCUUGGAAAAUCUUCAAAGAUAAGCUCUGGCUCAAGCGCGCUGGAUCUGCUUGGUUCUCCACAAUCAACAUCCCGGCCUUGGAUAUCUCUAUCCCUAACCGGAAUAACAACAACUCCGACGCCCCGUCAACAAGUAACCCACCCGACUUCUCAGGUCCGAUCUUAGCCAGAGCUCGGUCUUCCCUCAACGACGUCUUCUCCAGCGAGUUGAGGCCCCAAACUUCGCGCUCCAAUUCCUUCCGUCGAGACGGCGCGGUAACUUUCCGGGACUGCCUGGACAGCGACGGCGACGGAUCCGAGUGCGACGACUGGGAUCCCGCGCGUGAAGGCACGCGCCGCCUAUCAACAAUUCUAUCAGAGGAGAGAGCGUUGUCUGAGAGAGAAGCUGAGACAGCCGCCGCGGCAUCUUCGGCGGCGGUGGCGGCACAGGGGGUAGACGAGCCGGUGAGGAUGUCGCUGACGCUGAUGGAUUUACUGGAGGAGACAGAUAGGCAAAUGGGGUUUGAUGCAUCGCGAUACAGAACAGGAUACGAAGAUGACGACGAAGAAGUAUAUCAGAGGAUAAAAAUGGUGGAAAAGGAAGAAGAAGAAGAGGAAGAAGACAGCAAACGAUGGAGCAUACAGGAAAAUUGUUGUGUGUGUAUGGUGAGGCAUAAAGGAGCAGCGUUUAUACCAUGUGGACACACAUUUUGCAGGCAGUGUUCGAGGGAGCUUUGGGUGAGCAGAGGCCACUGUCCACUCUGCAACAAUGUUAUUCUGGAGAUUCUUGACUUGUUCUGAUUCAUUCAUCUUUCAUCUCCGUUUUUGAGCUAUCUGAAUGUUCCUCA